GCAUAUGCUUCCACUCUCUCUCUCUCCAUUUCCUCGGAGAGAUAUUUACAUAAUCACAUCUUCAGCUUCAACUUCUGCUUCUCCAUAUAUUCUCUAUAAAUUCUGUAUUUUUACACACAUAAUUUAUUCUGAUAAUAAUGGCAAUGGAAGGAGGAGCACAAUCUGACUACAAUUCGUCUACUGAAGGUCUGCAGGAGCACUCUUCUUCGCCUCGCAAAUCUCUCUCUCCUCCUCCUUCUUCAGACCAUGAGGGGAACACAAUAUCUGUCAAGUUCCUUCUAUCAAAUGCUGAGGCUGGUUCAAUUAUUGGAAAGGGUGGCUCAACAAUCAGUGAUUUUCAGAUUCGUUCUGGGGCAAGAAUUCAGUUGUCACGCAACAAUGAAUUUUUCCCUGGUACCAUGGAUAGAAUUGUAAUGGUAUCUGGGCCUGUUGAAGAUGUACUCAAGGCAGUUGAUUUUAUUCUUAAUAAACUGCUAUGUGAGUCUUAUGUUGAAGAUGGUGGUAAUGUUGACCCGCGAUCAAAAGUUAGACUAGUUGUGCCCAACAGCUCUUGUGGUGGAAUUAUUGGGAAGGGAGGAGCUAUGAUAAAGGCAUUUAUUGAAGACUCUCAUGCUGGCAUAAAAAUAUCAUCUCAGGAUGACAAUUUUCCAGGACUGCAUGAUAGGUUAGUAAUAGUGACUGGAACUCUUGGGGAGCAGAUGCGGGCUAUUGAAUUGAUUCUACAUAAGUUGGCUGAAGACUCUCAUUAUAUACAGAACAUGAAUGCUCCGUUUCCUUAUGCAGCAGUUUAUGUUGGAAUGAACUAUGGACCACGAAAUGGAGUCGGAGGGAGAUUUCCGGCUAACAGAUAUCAGAACAACGUCCAGUCUAAUUCUGAAGAUAGGAACAAUUCUGUCACUAUUGGUGUUGCUGAUGAGCAUAUUGGUUUAGUGCUUGGCCGGAACGGAAGGAGUAUAAUGGAGAUCAGUCAGCAAAGUGGAGCUAGAAUAAAGAUAUCAGAUAGGGGUGAUUUCAUUUCAGGUACUUCAGACAGGAAGGUAACUAUUACAGGAUCUCAAAGAGCGAUCAGCAUGGCCGAGUCCAUGAUAUCUCAGAAAGUAGCUAGAGUUUCUGAGAGGUGACUGAUGAGUUUGUGAAAGGCUGAUCCAUGGCAGACGAGAAGUUUCAGUGAAAGAGAACAGUGCAUGAAUUUUGUUCUCUUGAAACAAAAGCUUACGGCAAUAAAACUAUUGCGAUUGAUUCAAUUGACUGAAUAUAUGACCAUUCGAUACAGUUUUAAUUUUUCAGUAGGUUACAUAUUGAGGUGAGAUGAGAGGCUUCUUGGAUCGGUACGAUACAUUAUUUUUAUUCCUUUAUCAUGUCUUGUAGAGAAAUGGUCAUUGGCAUCAAUAUCAACAUCUAUUUAAGCUUAUGCAUCAA